AUGGCUGCUCAAUCUUGUUGCAAAUUUACUCUGGCGAAUCCGAUGAUCUCGCAAAUCGAUUCUUUCUCUAAACAGAAACUAUCUUCUCCAUUAUACUUCUCCCCUUCGAGAAACCAUGUAAAAGCAAUGAAUCUGAUGAAUCCAUGGUUAGGCGCUGAUUCUCCCCUCUCUCUCGAUUCUUCCGCCUCCGUCCUACGAACCAAUUCAAAAACUCACCGGAAAAUCCCAAUCUCCGUCGUUUCCAGCUUACCCACCGCGAAUCCGGAAUCUGUGGUUUCUGAUGCGAAAAAUCCCAAAUGGUCAUGGAGAGGAAUUAAAUCGUUUGCAAUGGGAGAGCUUGAAGCUAGGAAGCUCAAGUAUCCAAAUACUGGCACUGAAGCUCUUCUCAUGGGUAUUUUGAUUGAAGGAACUAGUUUUACAUCGAAGUUCUUGCGUGCGAAUAAGAUAAUGCUUUACAAAGUUCGUGAAGAAACAAUCAAGUUACUAGGAAAAGCAGACUUGUAUUUCUUCAGCCCUGAACAUCCUCCUUUAACCGAAGAUGCUCAGAGAGCACUUGACUCGGCUGUGAAUCUGAAUCUAAAAGCAGGUGGUGUUGGAGAAAUAAUGCCGGCACAUAUACUGCUAGGGAUCUGGUAUGAAGUUGAAUCUCCAGGUCACAAGAUACUGGAAACGCUUGGUUUCACUGAUGAAAAAUCUAAAGAGUUGGAGUCCUAUGUCUCUGAAGCUGGAUUUCUAGAUGAAUAG